UUUCAAACCAUCAACGGGCGAGAUUCCCAAUUCCACAAUCGCCAUGGCGAAGCCGUAUGUGCCGCAUGACGUCCUUGACGAGACGGCCAAGACUUCAUUGGUCGGCCUGGGCAGCGGCUUCUUCAUUGCCGCCAUCCAGAAUGCCCUGUCGAAGCGCAACGUGGGCGCUAUGAGCGUCUUUACGCGGGGAGCUCCCAUCAUUGGCAUUUGCGCUGCCGGUCCCGGUGCCUAUGCCUUCUUCUCCCGGACGAUGAUGAACCUGCGGGAGAAGGAUGAUGCUUGGGCCGCCGCCUUUGGAGGUUUCAUGUGCGGCAGUGUCCUCGGACUUCCUUUCCGACGCACACCCAUCGUGCUGGCUCUUGGUGCUUUCGUUGGCACUGCCCAGGGCCUUUUCCACGUCACCGGAGGAAAACUGGAUAGCUUCUACAAGGAGGAGGAUGAGUUUGAGCGCAAGGAGACUAUCCGACGGACAACCCGUCUGCCCGUUGAGCAGACUGUUGCCGAGCUGGGCGAGGGACGAGGCAUCCGUCCUCCUGGAUAUGAGGAGAGGAGACGAGAGCGCAUCAAGGAGAAGUAUGGCUUCGAAGUUAACCCUGUGAGCGCCACCGCUGAGGGCAGCCAAUAAAAUGAUAUAAAAAGAAUGAAAGAAUUAAAGCCAGCUGCCAGAGAUUUUUGAGGUGAGUUCUGCGGCAGCUUGUACAUAUAUCCAUCGCAUUCCAGUGCGGAAGAGAUGCGAUGCUAGAUAAUCGGAUUUUUUUUUUGUUUUUCCACGUCGCCAUUGCCAUUGCCAUUACUGCAUGUUUUUGGAUCUGGGCUGUCGGUGUCACGAAGACUUCACUUGACAAAAGGGU